AUGGUCAACCCUGUCAGCUCCGGAGGCCAUAAGCGCGUGGAACUUCCACGCUCUCCUAUAGCUCAUACCAGCAAUAAUUCGACUAGUAGUUGCUUAAUGGAUGAUCAGCAAAUACUUCCAGUUGACGAAUGGGUGCCCUAUGCCCACGUCACCACCUAUGAAUCGGAUCUUGGGGACGUGGACUUUUGCAUCUCUGCAGAUCAGGAGUUGACUGCAAUCAUUUUCCUCUCACUGGCGCUUAUGCUGUACAUCUCGCAGCAGCUCGACAAUGAAUAUCUCCCCUUGGCAACCUUGGUCGACGAGCUCGUGGAGCUGGAGCUGACGCGGUUGCGGUCGCAUCGUCUCGAGAAGAGUGAUAUGGAUCAUCUGAUCCGGGGGAACGAAUUCUUCUUGACUAUACUCCGCCGAGUCAAGGAUGGGGACGCACUUAUUUAUAGGGUUGUGCCAAUGACUGUGGACGAUGGCGAGGCACUCUGUGAGAAUCCAACGGCGACAGUGCCUGGCAAGAUUAUGAGGGUUGAGGUGUGUGAGGACCAAACCGCUAAGCCAUCCUUUACAUUAUGGUAUUUGUUUAGGCAAGACAAUCUCACUUGGCUAGCCGACGAGCAUCUUACGAAUUUCGGGGAUCUCAACGAGAAAGUCUACUUUCAAGUCCGACAGGAAGGUGCUCAACAUGGUUAUAUAUUGAAUAUACCAGCAGAGAUAAAAAUCAGCCAGUGGGAUGUGAAGUGGGAAGCUAAAUGGGAGAAAAUAUGGGGUCGAAGAACCAAAUCGGAGAUUCCGGUCGAUGCGGACCAUAGUGCAAUGUGCAAAUUCGAGACCGACCAGGAUGUGACCUUUGAGAGGGUGUACAAGAGAAUCAAGAGGAUGAAGAAUCAACCACGGGCACAUUGCGAACGAGCUACACAUUUUGAAGUCCCUCAUCUGUUGAGCCCGGUGUUUACGGGCCGUGAUAACGACCUCCAACACCUCACCACAUCGUUAGCCACAGGACUGUCCUCGCUGAGACAGCACCAACGGCUAUAUGUAAUCUUUGGGCUGGGAGGAUCGGGCAAGACUCAGAUCUGUCUCAAGUACGUGCAGGAUCAGCGGGAGAGGUGGUUGACCUACUCAGAUCACACCAGCAUUCGCUUCCUGACACGAUACGUAAAAUCAGAUAUUGGGGCAUCUUCUGGGUCGACGCCAGUACGGAGGAGAGUAUCAGAAGUCUUUCAUGCAACCGCACUCCUCUUCCAAGUCGAGGAGAAUGUCGACAGCGUCAAACGACGGUUGGUUCACGCCUCCGACGCCUGGCUCCUUGUGUUUGAUGAUGCCGAUGACCCUCGUCUCCAGCUCACCUCGUACUUGCCGGCCGGGAAUCGAGGCGACGUCAUCAUCAUCACGAGCCGCAAUCCUCAAUGUCAACACUACAGCACCGUAGGCUCCCGACAAGUUGGGGGCCUCUCGCUUGAUGAUUCGUUAAUGCUGCUGGGCAAGGUAAUCUAUGGCACAAGGACACCAUCACCAGAUCUCGGGGAAGAAAGCAAGGUGAUCGUGGACGUACUUGGCCGCCUUGCGCUCGCGAUUGUGCAGGCAGGCGCGUAUAUUCGGGAGACGUCGUGCUCAUUUCACGACUACCUCGACAUUUACGAGAGACGGCAAGGAAAUUUACUGCGCUACGUACCGCAGCAUCUGGGCACGGACUACCAGCAUUCGGUGUACCCCACGUGGCAAGUGUCGGUGGACGCUAUCGAGUCAUAUCAAGAUGCAAUUCCUAUUCAGAUGUUUUACAACGAAUGGCAGCCGCAACCCAUUCAAGCCGUCAACUACUUACCGUGGGACGACACGAUCUCGGACCUUUUUGACUAUCGACAAGCAGUGCAAGCAUCGAUCAGCUUACUGGCGUCUUUUUCGCUGAGCACGAGAAAUACGGACACUUCGGUGUCUCUCCAUCCUCUGGUGCAUGCAUGGUGUCGCGGACGGACAUGUGCGGAUGAGGAGGGACCGCUCAACUACCGACGAGCUCUGACCUUGUUGUCCACUUCUCUUCUUCGACUCAGGGAUCUGCCAGCUGAUUGGAGCCAAGAGGAAAAAGUGGAGCAGUGGACGAGUUUAGCCUUCAUCCUGGCGGAGAACGGAUGGACGACAGAUGCCCUUCCUCUGACGGAGGAGGUGGUGGCACUGCAGAAGAGCAAGCUCGGGGCGGAUCAUCCCGACACGUUGAGGUCGAUGCACAAUCUGGCGAAUCAGUACAGCGACGCCGGGCGACGAGACGAGGCACUGUCGCUGACGGAGGAGGUGGUGGCGCUGCAGAAGAGCAAGCUCGGGGCGGAUCAUCCUGACAAAUUGGAAUCAGCAAAACUUCUUGCUCAUCUGGUUCAAGAACCAGAAGAGCCUACUCUAGUCGAUGACACUCAAAAGAUACCAAAUCGGCCCCGAUUCAAGUUGCCACGAUGGAUUCGCUCGAGCCAAAGAAGUGAAUUUCAGGUCAACACAGAUAUCGAGAGUCUUUGUCUUGGCAGACAGCGAUAA